AUGGGAGCCCCAAAUCAAUACGAUAAACCUACCGACACUACUGAUGUGGUAUUAAUAGUUGGGUCACGGAAAUUCUAUUUGUCGAGACAGUGGUUCACAGAUCGCGUUCCUGUACUAGUUUUGAUGCACCAGGAUCCAAGAAUGGAGAUUUGGAUUGGAUGUGAGAGAGCUGGUCCAGAACUUUUCCUUGGCUUCUUGCAUUGUCUCGAUAGACUUGAUGUUAUUAAUGAAGACAACGCAAUCGGAAUUCUCAGAUGGGCUGAAAGAUUCGAAUGUAAGAUUGUACUUGACCAAAUUGAGCAAUUUUUCCUGAACUCAUCUCAAAAGAGUGCCACGGAAAAGCUAAAAAUCGCUAUGGAAUACAAGUUUUUGGAAUUGCAGAGACAAAUCCUCAACAAUAUAAAAUCAGCCGAGGAAUUUUGGGAGACCCUUCCAGUCAGUCUGACCGAGCAGCAGAAAAUUGAAAUAGCUCGGAUGGUUCAUGAGCACAGUGAGAGAGAAUCCGGAGGGAGCUGA